CAGCUAUGAAAAUGAUAAUCUUAUUGCUUACAUGAACCGCAUGAUACAUAAGAAAGUAUAAUCUAAAACGAUUCUUGUUAGACCCAUUGUGUCGAACUAUCGGUGAAGUUUGUCAGAUGCUGUUAACUAGAAACCAACUAAAUUUCGUUUGCAUGAGUCGGAGGCUGGAAGCAAGACUCGUUGACCCGACGCCUCGUAGGUUGGAGGGCAACCGCCAUUUUUCAAAGAUCGGGAGGACGUCGCUUUUCUCUCAGAUUAUCAACCAUCUUAUAGUCGUCGGAGUACUGGGAGCCUCGUCGUUUUUCCCUUCCCCAUCUUUGCUUUAGCUUAUCUUCUUCGAUUUUAAUAAUUUUCCUUGCUAUGUUUCUUCCUUGCCGCUUCUUCUUCCUCCUCCUCUUCCGUCUGUAUAGAGAAUAAUGAAUUGCCUAAAUUCUGCAAUCCUGGCGUUCUCUCUGUUUUAAUCUCUUCCGCUAGCGACGAUGUCGAGGACAUUGGUUCGAUGGUUCGCGGAUCUGUUUAUUGGAGGGAAGGCGGUAGCGGGCUGAUCUGAUGGGCGACCUGCUUUCCUCUCGUUCUCGAGUUCGCUCCUUCAGAUCUCACAGAAAGAACACCAUGAAGACAAAAAAAAUAUUUGGGUUCUCUCUCUCGCUUCUUCUUAUAAACAUGGCCGCCAUAAUGGAACGGGCUGAUGAGAAUCUGCUUCCAUCUGUAUACAAAGAAGUCAGUGCUGCUUUCAAUGCCGGCCCUACUGAUCUAGGGUAUCUUACUUUCAUUCGUAACUUUGUACAGGCGAUACUAUCACCAGUUGCAGGUGUUUUAGUACUUCACUAUGACCGCCCUAUAGUUCUUGCUACAGGCACUCUAUGUUGGGCACUCUCGACUGCUGCAGUAGGUGUGAGUCAGCAUUUCAUGCAAGUAGCUUUUUGGAGAGCAGUCAAUGGAUUAGGGUUAGCAAUUGUAAUACCAGCACUUCAGUCCUUUAUUGCCGACAGCUAUCUUGAUGGUGCGCGAGGAGUAGGUUUUGGGUUGCUGAACCUUGUUGGUUCAGCUGGUGGUAUUGGUGGUGGUGUUGUAGCAACUGUGAUGGCUGGGCAAGAAUUUUUUGGUGUUCCAGGGUGGCGUUGUGCAUUUAUUAUGAUGGCAUUUUUAAGUUCAAUAAUUGGGCUGCUCGUUUUUAUGUUUGUUAUUGACCCAAGAAGGGCGUCCCAAUUUGCAACUGGAACCAGCGACCACUUUGAAAGAUCUGACUUGAUUGAAAAACCAGAUACGGCUUCCUCAUCCCUGUUUCAUGGUUCAUGGAUAGCCAUGAAAACAGUUGUGAAGGUGCAGACGUUUCAAGUAAUUGUCAUGCAAGGAAUUGUUGGUUCACUGCCAUGGACGGCAAUGGUGUUCUUCACUAUGUGGUUUGAACUGAUUGGUUUUGGGCAUAAAAGCUCAGCUGCACUACUAAGCCUUUUCGCAAUAGGAUGUGCUCUGGGGAGCCUUCUUGGGGGAUACUUAGCAGAUCGUGUUUCACGUGUAUAUCCAAACACAGGACGCAUUAUGUGUGCACAAUUCAGUGCAUUGAUGGGGGUUCCUUUUUCUUUCCUCCUCCUCAUCGGGAUCCCACAGACUGAAACAAGCUGGUUUUCUUUUGCCGUUACUCUCUUCCUCAUGGGACUUACAAUCAGCUGGUCUGGCACAUGCGCCAACAACCCCAUUUUUGCUGAAGUGGUUCCUGUGAAGCACAGAACUAUGAUAUAUGCCUUUGACAGGGCCUUCGAAGGUUCAUUCUCGGCUUUUGCAGCACCUAUUGUUGGAGUCCUCUCUGAAAAACUUUACGGGUACGAUCCGAAGUCUGUAAAACUAGACUCAGGAUCAGCAAAGGAAGCAUAUGCAUUAUCACGUGGACUGCUUUGUAUGAUGGCUUUUCCCUGGGCACUCUGUGCACUGUUCUAUACUCCCUUGUAUGUAACAUUCAGAAGGGACCGACAAAAUGUGAACAUGGCUGCAAAAGAACAGGAGCUAACAUGAUAAGAACUUGAUUUCGGAGGCACCAAUCAUGUUGUGUCAAUCCGUAAAGUACUGACAAAGAGGAUCCUAUAUGACUUGUUUCUUUCGAAGAGGAAAAUUGUAAUUCAGUUUCAUUUAAUUUACUGGAUGAUUGGCCAAGUGCAGCAGUGAUUAAGAUUA